CUACGUGAGGAGGAAGUGAGUGCGGAGAGAAAACGGAGCAAUCGAGCGGAGUGGCUGAAGCAGGCGAGCCAGGGCCACCACUCAGCUCUACUCGUCUAGACUAUCCGGGCUAACUUUAGCUACAUGUGCUGAGGUCGAGGAGGAAACUGAUCUCAACCGCAACAAUGCCGUCAGUUACUUUACCGCCGAAAGAGAAUGCUCUCUUCAAGAGGAUUCUGCGAUGUUACGAGCACAAACAGUACAGAAACGGGCUCAAGUUCUGCAAACAAAUCCUGUCCAACCCCAAGUUUGCAGAGCAUGGAGAGACCCUGGCGAUGAAGGGCUUGACCCUGAACUGUCUGGGGAAAAAGGAGGAGGCCUACGACCUGGUGAGAAGAGGCCUGCGCAAUGACCUCAGGAGCCACGUCUGCUGGCACGUUUAUGGCCUACUUCAGCGCUCAGAUAAGAAGUACGAUGAGGCCAUCAAGUGUUACCGCAACGCUCUGAAGUGGGACAAGGACAACCUGCAGAUCCUCAGAGACCUGUCCCUGCUUCAGAUCCAGAUGAGAGACCUGGAGGGCUAUAGGGAGACACGGUACCAGCUGUUGCAGCUGCGUCCAGCCCAGCGAGCUUCCUGGAUUGGCUACGCCAUCGCUUAUCACCUCCUGGAAGACUACGAGAUGGCUGCAAAGAUCAUUGAGGAGUUCAGGAAAACGCAACAGACGUCCCCAGACAAAGUUGACUACGAGUACAGCGAGCUUCUGCUGUACCAGAACCAGGUGCUGAGGGAAGCAGGCCUGUACAAGGAGGCCCUCGAGCAUCUUUCAAACUAUGAGAAGCAGAUUUGUGACAAACUAGCAGUGGAGGAGACACGAGGAGAGUUGCUGUUGAAGUUGGAGCGCCUGGAAGAAGCAACAGAAGUCUACCAUCGUCUGCAGGAGAGGAACCCAGAGAACUGGUCCUAUUACCACGGCCUGGAGAAGGCCCUCAAACCAAGCAGUGUAGAGGAAAGACACAAGAUCUAUGAGGAAGCCUGGGAGAAGUUUCCCAAAGGACUGGUUCCUCGUCGGCUGCCCCUCAACUUCCUCUCUGGUGAGAAGUUCAGAGAGUGUCUGGACAGGUAUCUGAGGAUGAACUUCAGUAAAGGCUGUCCGCCCGUCUUCACCACGCUCAAAUCACUGUACAAUGACAAAGAAAAGGUGGCAAUAAUAGAGGAGUUGGUGGUCAGCUACGAAACCUCAUUAAAAAGCUGUAGAAUGUUCAGCCAAAACGAUGAUGGAAAGGAGGAGCCACCGACUACGUUGCUCUGGGUGCAGUACUUCCUGGCACAGCACUACGACAUGAUCGGCCAGCAAACACUCGCUUUAGAAUACAUCAACACAGCCAUUGAGAGCACGCCUACACUCAUUGAACUCUUCCUUAUCAAAGCCAAGAUUUACAAGCAUGCUGGGAAUAUCAGAGAGGCCGCUCAGUGGAUGGAUGAGGCCCAGGCUCUGGACACCGCUGACAGAUUCAUCAAUUCCAAGUGUGCUAAGUAUAUGCUGAAGGCUGGCAUGAUCAAAGAGGCUGAGGAAAUGUGCUCCAAGUUCACGCGGGAGGGAGCGUCAGCAGUGGAGAAUCUGAAUGAGAUGCAGUGUAUGUGGUUCCAGACGGAGUGUGCCCUCGCCUACAAGGGUAUGAACAAGUUUGGGGAGGCCCUCAAGAAGUGCCACGAGAUUGAAAGGCAUUUUGUGGAGAUCACAGACGACCAGUUUGAUUUCCACACCUACUGCAUGAGGAAGAUGACGCUACGUUCCUACGUGGACCUACUGAAACUUGAGGAUGUGCUCCGGAUGCAUCCCUUCUACUACAAAGCUGCCAUCACCGCCAUCCAGAUCUACCUGAGCCUCCACGACAAUCCGCUGACUGAUGACAGCAAGGAGCUGCAGGCCGACACUGCGAACCUCUCGGACAAAGAGCUGAAGAAGCUUAGGAACAAGCAGCGGAGAGCCCAGAAGAAGGCUCAGCUGGAGGAGGAAAAGAAGAAUGCGGAGAAGGAGAAGCAGCUAAAGAACCAGAAGAAGAAGAAGGAGGAUGAUGACGAGGAGAUCGGAGGGCCCAAAGAGGAACUCGUUCCUGACAAACUGGUCAAGGUAGAAAAUCCACUGGAAGAAGCCGUCAAGUUCCUGAUGCCUCUCAAACACCUGGUCAAAGACAAAAUUGACACACACCUACUGGCCUUUGAGAUCUACUUCAGGAAAGAAAAAUACCUGUUGAUGCUCCAAUCAGUGAAGAGAGCGUUGGCCAUUGACCCAGACCACCCAUGGCUACACCAGUGUCUAGUACGCUUCUUUAAAGGAGUCUCAGAGAGCAAGGAGCUGCCGGAGGUGGUCAGGACGGUGCUGAAGCAGGAGAUCACCCGGCUGUUCGGAGACAGCAAUGCUAAGAGCUUCAACCAGGCCUACCUCGCCAAGCACUCAAACUCCAUACCACACCGACUGGCUGUGUCCUUAUGAUUGGUUUCAUAAGCAGCCCACCUUUUCAUGAAGCUAACAACUGUUGGCAUACAAGUGAGCUGUUCCCUAUCACAGAUCUCUUCCACAUUCUUCUUUUUCCAUAUUCUCCAACCUGGCUGUGUUGUUGUUGAUUAUGAGAACUUGCUAGUAUUAGUGAUAAUGAGGAAUCUGACUCAGUAUUCCAACAUAAUUAACUGGAUAGCUAAUUACGCAGGUUUGACUGUUUGGCUUUUCCACGUGUUUUCUUUAGUUUCUAGGUACUCUGUUUUGCUAAUACUUCUGGUCCAGACUGAGCAAACAUUCAGCGUCAGAGUUAAAGAAUUAACAAUCCCAUUAUCCACUUGCAUGUGCAGUCGAUGUUGGCUAGCAGCUAUGUACAGCGUGCUAACCUCCACAACCCAGCUGUAUUCUAAUGUUAACUUAUUAGUAUCCUUACUAGCUAGGCUCUUGACAUGCUUGCUAAUAACUUAUUUGUAGAGUUGAGUCUCUGAGAUUGACAGUGUUGUUUUAACUUAUCAGAGUUAAAAUGGCAGUCUCAUUUCAUUCAAAUAACUGUUAAGUCACUCUUUCCAUCAGCAAACCUUCAUACAACUCUGAAAUCAUUCUACCAACACUUCUUGUAUGCAUUACACAGUAUCACAACUGCUCUAUUUUAUUCACAAGACAGACGCUUUUCUUUUUCUCAAAAAUAUUGUCAUACUUGCAAAUACCAAAAAACAAUGUAAUUUCUCAAAGUCAUUAUCUUCCUGUUUAGUUUUUGAAAAUGUUGGAUUUCACUCCUAC